AUGUUCAAUCUAUUAGUUAUCAAUUUUCCAGUCACUGUCGUAGUUCCUUGUGUCAAUGCUAUUCAAUUCAUCGCCACCUUCAUUGUAGGGAUAUCUAUGGGUGAACAAAUGCAGCAAUCCACAGUGAAGCAAAGGACUGGAAUGGUUUUAGCAAUGAUUGCAAUACUCGGAAUGCUUGUAAUUGAGUAG